AAGCUGCCGGCUGUCUUUGCCCGUCAGCUGACGUCAGGCCGGUGCUGCGAGCUGAUAAAUGCGCUUACUGAUAGUCGGCUGCUUCAGCAGGCGGAGGCGAGCAACGGGGACGGGACCUUUCCCGGUAGCAUUUUGAAGAGGCUGGUUGGAGCGUGAACUAUGUCGGCGUACAACGUGUCCCUAACGGGCCCAGCACCCUGGGGCUUCAGGCUGCAAGGAGGGAAGGACUUCAACAUGCCUCUGACCAUCUCCAGAAUAAGCCCAGGCAGCAAGGCAGCCCUGGCCAACAUCAACCAAGGAGAUACCAUCGUGGCCAUUGAUGGAGUCAGCACUGAGGGCAUGACCCACCUGGAUUGCCAGAACAAGAUCAAGUCAGCCAUCUACACAAUGAACCUGAGCCUCCAGAAAUCCAGGCGCCCGGGACCUGUUCCCACCGCUGCUCUGAGAAUGGAUUCUCCCAUGCCAGUGAUCCCACAUCAGAAGAUUAUCAACACUUCAGCCAAUAGCAACUAUGUGGAGCGCUUCAACCCCAGUCUGCUGAAGGAUUCGGUGAUGUCCACACACAAGCCCAUCGAAGUGAAGGGCCCGGGGGGGAAGGCCACCAUCAUCCAUGCCCAGUACAACACUCCCAUCAGCAUGUACUCUCAAGAUGCCAUCAUGGACGCCAUCGCAGGCCAGGCUCACGCCAGGGGCAGCGACCUCUCCAGUGGUCCCGAACCUCCGUUUGCUAACCUUCAUGUUAAAGAUGCUCUAGUCGACAGCACUUCCCCAGUCUACCAGGCUGUGAUCCGUAAUGCUAACAAGCCCCCACAGACCCACCAGCAGGAGCUGGAAGAAUGGACUCGCAGAGCUGCCAACCUGCAGUCCAAGUCUUUCCGUGUCCUUGCCCAGAUGACUGGAACGGAAUUCUUGCAAGAUCCAGAUGAGGAGGCAAUGAAACGAUCCAGUCCCAUUGAGCAUGUGCAGACCGCCUGGCCGGCGACCAGCUCCGCCCACCCGGCCCCUCCCCCCGCUCCGGCCGGCCAACCCGCUCUCGCUAACCCCAUGAUGUCGCCGCCCGCCACUGCCAAUCAGGAUGGUGUCGCCGUGCCCGCCUCGCCCGCUCGCCUAAGAUCCGAUGUCAAGCCACCCAAACCAAGGACUGCUUUAGAGGCGAUUUGCAUCACUCCUCUUUUCAACGCGUCCUAUUUGCCCCAACGAACCCGACCUAGUGCCGUUCCCCUGGGAAAGGCCAAGAUGAGUUGGCAGCAGACGACCUCUUCCUCCCUUAACUACCAGGCUGAAUCUGCUCACGUCACUAGAACUAGUGACGGCUUCAGAAGCGGCGGCCCCCCGGCCCCAGCGCCCCCAGUGCCUGCCUCCAAACCCAACGUGGUCAGCACGGCAAGCAUCAGACCUGCUCCCUAUCAGCAGCCCAAAGCCCCCCCUGCUCAGGUGCACAGCAGCACGGCUGCAUUCAACGUGGCCAAGCCAGCUGCAUCGCUGGAAUCCGUGCAGCCCCCGGCAUCGGGCAGCCGCCCGCCGUGGGUGACAGACGACACCUUUGCCCAGAAGUUUCAGGCGGGGAAAAGCACCACCACGCUGACCAAACACAUCCAACCGCUGCCUCACUCUGCUCCGCCCAAACCGCCGCUGCUGGCACCGCACCAGCCUCCUGCCCGUGAACCCGCUCACGGCCCGCUGCCCGGCCAGACCGCCGGGGGCAUCCGCAACCUGGUGCAGAGAGCAGAGCGCUUCCCAGCCAGCAGCCGCACCCCACUGUGUGGGCAGUGUAACAGCAUCAUCAGAGGUCCUUUCCUUGUUGCUUUGGGCCGCUCCUGGCACCCGGAGGAGUUUAACUGCACUUACUGCAAGGUCUCCCUGGUUGACACUGGCUUUGUGGAGGAGCAGAACAAUAUUUACUGUGAGAAAUGCUACGAGCAGUUCUUCGCUCCAAAUUGUGCCAAGUGCAAUGCAAAGAUUAUGGGGGAAGUGAUGCAUGCCCUGCGACAGACCUGGCACACCACCUGCUUUGUCUGUGCCGCCUGUGGGAAAUCCUUUGGGAACAGCCUUUUCCACAUGGAAGAUGGAGAGCCCUACUGUGAAAAAGAUUAUAUUGCCCUCUUCAGCACUAAGUGCCAUGGCUGUGACUUCCCUGUGGAGGCUGGAGACAAGUUCAUUGAAGCAUUGGGAUACACCUGGCAUGAUACCUGCUUCGUCUGUGCUGUGUGCCAUGUGAACCUCGAGGGCCAGCCAUUUUAUUCCAAAAAGGACAAGCCACUCUGCAAGAAGCAUGCCCAUGCCAUUAACGUUUAAACGUCGGGGACCAUCAAAGGAAAGAUCCUGGUGGGGAGAGCACAUCUCAUCCAAAACCAGCAGAGCCAACAACUGCCUUUUAAGUCUUUUUCUUCUUCUAUUUUGUUGUUGUUGUUGUUUUAACAAUGUUUCAAAUAAUUUACCUAAGAUUGUGAGUGAUUGAAAGAAAUGAGUUUCUGGGUGGGAUGCAGUAUCAUCUCACCAGGCUUUGUCAGGCAUACUCACUACUAACAAAACACAUUGCACAUAUAACUGGAAAGUUUACAGAGUUAAGCUUGAUGAAUGAAUGCUAUUCCUCUGAUGCUGAUUUGGUGGCUAUUUUUACUCAAAGCCAGCAGGUUUCCAAUCGAAUGAUAUGGUGUCUACACCUGCAUUACACGGCCAUCUUUCAGACUGCAUCUGCACUAACUGUGUUCAAUCGCCUAGAAUGUCCUUUCUUUUUUCUUUUUUUUAAAGUGCUCUGCCUGGCUGCUGGAUUUAAUUUGAUACUCUUGGUUUUCAGAGUCUUGUUUGAGAUUGUACACAUGGGUUCAUUGAAGAGCCACACUAACAAUAUUUCAGAAUGUACACAAAAAUGCU